GCUAGUGCCCGCCUAGUGCGAGUAGUGUCGGCGCUCCACGUGGCUGGCCUUCCCUGACAAUGGCAUUGUUAUUCUUCACACCUGCUGAAACAGUAUUGCUUCUUGCUGAACAUCAUCUUCUCGGCGCAGUUAUCAGAGCCGAUAUCGACAAUUGGCCGUUGCUCGGCGUCUUACAUGUAACCUAGCUGCUGCCGCCGAUCGAACGGCCCCUGCAGGUUGACCUGACUCCAUCUACGAUCCAGCCUGCAGAGUAACAACCCGCAACCCAUUGAUGGCGCUGCUGGGGGGAGCUGCUGCGGCGCUCUGCGUGUACCUCGCCUAUCUCGCCGUCGCACGACUGCUGCUGAGCCCCCUCGCCGGCUUCCCUGGCCCCAGGCUGGCUGCGCUGAGCAACUGGUAUGAAUUCUACUACGAUGUCGUUCUGCAGGGCCAGUUUACAGCCCAUAUCCAGCGCCUGCAUCGACGUUACGGCCCCAUUAUUCGCAUCACGCCCACCGAGCUGCACAUCGACGAUCCCGACUUCUUCGACGUGCUGUAUGCGCGCGACGGCCGUCGCAACAAGUACGCUUAUUUCUCCGGCCGAUUUGGCUAUGCAAGUGACAGCUUCUCCACCAUCCAGCACGAACUGCAUCAGCUACGCCGGAAACCGCUGAGCCCAUUCUUCUCCGCAAAAAGGAUCGUCGAGUUCCAGCCCGUCAUUCGCGCCCAUGUCUCCAAAUUAUGCCAGAAGCUAGCCGGUUACGCCGAAGAUGGUCGCGUGCUUGCGCUCAGUCGCGCUUUCAUGGCUCUGACCACCGAUAUCAUCACCGAGUAUGCAUUUGCCAAGUCCUACGACCAGCUGGAGUCGCCCGACUUCCAGGACACUCUGCAUGAUGCCUUGGUUGCCAUCUACACCACCGGGCACUUUGCCCUACAUUUCCCCAUCGUCUUUCCCAUUCUGGACGCCUUGCCGGACUGGCUAGUCACCAAGAUGGAGCCGCGUCUUUUGCCCGUCGUCGGUCUACGCAAGGACCUGGGUCGCCGAGUCGGCGAAAUUAGAAAUGGGUUGAACGACCUUCAUAAGAAAGUCGAGCAUCCAACCAUUUUCCACGAAUUACUGAAUAGCGACCUCCCAGAAGAGGAAAAGUCAGAUGCGCGACUGGGUGACGAGGCUCAACUGAUCAUUGCCGCCGGCCUUAUUACGACCUCGUGGGCCCUGAGUGUUGCAAGUUUUCACAUCAUCAACAACCCCGACGUGGCUGGGAAGCUGCGACGCGAGCUACGCGGUGCGGGUGCUGCAAUCGCAGAUGCCGAUUGGCAUGCGCUCGAAAAGAUUGACUAUCUGCACGGUUGCGUCAAGGAAGGAAUUCGUCUAGCGCACGGUGUUGUUACGCGAAACCCUCGCCUCCUGCCAGACGUGGAGCUGACGUACGGUGAAUGGGUGAUCCCAAGAAAUACUCCUGUCUCUUUGACCAGUGUCGAUGUUUUGAUGAAUGAAGACAUCUUCCCCAGCCCCAAAGAGUUCAGACCUGAGCGCUGGCUUAAUAAUCAAAAUCUGGACCGGUAUUUUGUUCCCUUUGGCAAAGGCUCGAGAAUGUGCCUUGGUCUGAAUCUCGCUCAGGCUGAGCUAUACGUUGCCAUCGCUACUAUUUUCAGCCAGUUCGACUUUGAUCUGUACAACUCAGAUUUGUCUGAUGUGGAAAUGAAACAUGCGUAUCUCGUGCCAUACACGAAAUGGGAAUCCAAGGGCGUCAGGGUGAAGGUUAAAUCGAUUUCUUAACACUAAUUUCUGAAUUGUGAAACCCCCUACCGUCUAUUACAUGUAAUCACGCGGCCAAAGACAGGCGUGUGUAAUUGUAACGUGAUUUGUAUAGCAGGGGAUGCUCAAGAGCAUGGGUUGAUAUUCAUGACCUACCUUGCGGUAUUCUGUAUAUCAUUCUCUAUUCAAUGCAUUUUUAUCUUUCAUAUACGAGCAGUUUUAGCAUUUAGCUAUGUAGUUAGUAUUUCAAACUAUAUAUCGACAGAAUUAUAUCUUACGUGUCAUCGAC